CCUCGCCUCGCGACUCGCCCCCUCAAGCUUUCUCUGUCUUGGUGUGAGAGAAGAUGUCACUUGCACUUCCUGCUAUUAUAUAGGUACCGCUGUAUCCUAGUGGGUUCAUUCGGAUGUGAAUGUCCCCCUCAUUUUUGAAUUUGAUUCAUCGACUGGUCUCAAAUGGGCGGUCCUUCCAUGAUACCGGCCCCCCUCAUGCAGACCGGGCGCUCCGUGCGUCUGGUCGUGGCUUUAUCGCUUUCCUUCGUGAUCCUGUACUCCUUUUAUCUAGGAUGGCCCCAGGUCCCAUCUCAGGUUUUCUCGAGCAGCAAGGCUUCAUCGCCCCCACCAUCUGAAGCGACGCAGCCGGCGACCGGCGACGCAGACACAUCGCCAUGGUACAAUGCAGACCCAACCCCCGACAGCCACUGGAGCAGCGACCCAAAGAGUCGACCCCCGAGCGCCGAACCCUCCGGCUAUAACAUCCCUGAGAAAGUGUGGCACUCGGCGAAAUUCGACAACAUCACGGACCAGCAGCGGGAAUGGACCAACAGCUGGAAGGCGAAGAAUCCGUCCUGUCGGCAGGAGUUGCUGAAUGACGAGGCCGGCGCGGCGUUCGUCCGCUCCCACUACUACGAAACGCGACCGGACAUCGUCGAGGUCUACGAGCAGAUCCCGAUCCCCAUCUUUCGCGCGGAUCUCCUCCGCUACCUGAUUGUCCUCGCCGAGGGCGGCAUCUGGAGCGACCUGGAUGUCACAUGCGAGAAGCCCAUCGCCGACUGGGUGCCCGAGGAGCACAAGCGCGAGAAGAUCAGCAUGGUCGUGGGCAUCGAGUGGGACUUUGAAUGGCGGGGCCCAGAUAAGCAGGUGGCGUCGCAGUUCUGCAACUGGGCGUUCAUGGCGGAGCCGUGGUCGCGCCAUCUCCUGAUGGUCGUCAACUCGGUGGUCGACAAGUUGAAGGAGAUUGCCCGCAACAACGGCGUCCCUGUCAGCGGCAUCACUCUGGACAUGCUGCCGGUGGACGUCGUGGACGUGACCGGGCCCAAGAUCAUGACCAUCGCUAUCCUGAAAAGUCUGGCCGAGAUGCUGGGCAGACCGGUUGACGAUCGCGAUUUCGCCCACACCAAGACGCCUAAACUGGUUGGAGAUGUCCUGGUCCUACCGGGCGCUGCGUUUGCCGCCCAGAACAACGGGUUCCCGCAAGACCAGGGGGAUGUUUUUGUCUCUCACCAUUACGAGGGUUCGUGGAAAGAGGCUGAUGCAGCCGCCAAGGAGCGGAAAAAGCAGCAGCAGGAGCAGCAAAAACAACAGGAACAACAACAGGAACAACAACAGGGACAACAACAGGGGCAACCAACUACAGCGUAAGAUAUACCAGUCGCGAGCAUUGGCGUUGUAUUUAUUCUUGUUAUUUCUCUUCUUAUCUAUCUUUGUUGUUUGUUUAGGAUGGGUUUUAUUUUGUAGACAUAGUAUGGGUUUCAUCUUGGUCACAUUUCCCUUGAUGAUGUACAGAUAUCUUA